AUGUCGGCCGUUCCCAAGGGAAAGGAUGACUUUCGCCUUGUUGUGAACAUGCGGGCACCGAACAAAGCGAUAAAGAGGGAGUAUUUUAGGCUUCCAUUGAUCCAGGAGAUGAAAGCCCAACUCCAUGGAGCAAAAUUUUUUACUAAGCUGGAUUUGACGAGCGCCUUUUACCACCUUGAACUGGCAAAAGAAUCACGAGAUUUAACAACAUUUCUUGCUGAAAGUGGUAUGUACCGCUUCACAAGAUUGAUGUUCGGCGUCAACUGUGCCCCCGAAAUAUUUCAGCGGGAGAUGAGCCGUAUACUGAAAGACAUAAAGAAUGUUAUCGUCUACAUAGAUGACAUUUUGAUUUUCGGUAACAGCAUCGAAGACCUCCGCAGAACCGUUGCCCAAGUUCUACAGGCAUUGAGAGCCAAUAACCUAUCAUUGAACAUUGAGAAAUGCGAAUUCGACAAGGAACGCAUCAACUUCUUGGGACAUGAAUUGGACGAACAAGGGUUCCAUAUCGACGAGAUGAAAAUUAAGCACAUCCAAAAAUUCCGUGAACCAACAACUGCCUCCGAACUCCGUAGCUUUUUGGGCUUGGCAUCCUUCAUAAGCCCUUACAUAAGAAACUUCGCCGACAUCACCAGCCCACUAUGGGAAGUCGCAACAACCAAAACAUGGACCUGGGGACCAGUUCAAUCAACUGCUUUCGAAGUCGUCAAAUCAAAAAUAGUAAGAAGCACGGUUGCUCUUGGGUACUUCUCUGACAAAGAUAGAACUAUACUCUACACGGACGCAUCCCCAAAUGCUCUUGGCGCGGUCCUGGUGCAAGAAGGCAAGGGCAAUACCCCACGCAUUAUAAGCUUUGCUUCCAAGGCCUUGACUGCAACGGAAAAGCGAUAUGCCCAAAAUCAGCGGGAAGCGCUAGGCGCCGUAUGGGCCGUCGAAUACUUUUCGUAUUAUCUGUUAGGUCGACACUUCACGCUACGAACCGACGCAAAGGGUGUUGCGUUUAUUUUAAACCGUUCUCGAGAAGAUUCAAAGAGAGCCCUUACCAGAGCGGACGGCUGGGCUUUAAGGCUUAGCCCAUACAGUUAUACAGUAGAAUACGUGGAGGGUAAGUUCAACAUAGCUGAUCCGUCAUCCCGCCUGUAUACUGGAAGCGAUGAUCCGUUCAACGAGGCACAGAGUCCAUGGGAAAUAGCAAGAAUUGAAGCCGUUGCGACAGGUUUUUUGACAGAAGAGGUCAUACGGAACGCAACUGCUGAUGACGUUACCCUUCCUCAGGUAAUGGAAGCCCUCGAAUCCGAAAAAUGGACAAGGCAACUGCACCGAUACGAAUCAGUCGCCAAAGACCUUUACGUCAAGAACGGGAUGUUAGUCAAACAAGGAUGUGUGGUUAUCCCAGAAGCGUUACGCAAGAAAACAUUGGAAAUCGCGCACAAAGGUCACCCCAUGACGGCUAAACUGAAGAGCAUUCUCCGAGAGCGCGUUUGGUGGCCAGGAAUGCCUAAAGACGCAGAAGAAUGGGUAAAAUCCUGUGAAGCUUGUGCCACAAACGGAAGACCGGAAAAGGCUAUCCCCAUGGAGCGUAUCUUUGCCCCGAAGACCGUCUGGGAAACCGUUGCCCUGGACUUUAAUGGGCCAUACGCAAGAUUUGGUGGAAUCUACAUAUUGGUGGUGUUGGAAGACAUUUUCGAUCAUGAGGGAUUUCCUAUCCACAUAAGGACCGAUAAUGGUCCCCCAUUUAAUGGAGAGGAUUUCAGCAAGUACUGCGCAGAACGUGGCAUAACGAACGUGUUUUCCACCCCGUUGUUCCCGCAGCAAAACGGCCUGGCAGAAAACUGCAUGAAACUUAUCAACAAGGCAAUGGCUACCGCAGUAUCUGUCGGAACUGACUACAACGAUGAACUCCAGUCAGCAAUCAAAGCCCACAACUCGGCGGCUCAUUCAAUAACAAAAGUUCCUCCGGAAGAACUAAUGUUCGGGCGUAAGAUACGGCGAUGGCUUCCCCUUCUGAAUCCUGGUAAGGUGAACCACGAUGACGAAAAGAUUAACUCAAGGGACAUGAAGGCCAAACUAACCGGAAAGCAAUACGAGGACCGACGUCGAGGCGCGAAACGUUCCCAAAUCACUCCGGGGGAUACUGUUAUCAUUGAACGGCACUCACGUACGAAAGGGGAAAGUCGAUUUGACCCCAGAAAAUACACCGUCACGGAACAGAACAAAGGGAACCUGGUGCUUACGGGACCUGAUGGCCAACAGCUGAAAAGACAUGUCACACAAACUAAACGGGUUCAUGAAUGGCGUGCUCCGGAUCCCACCCACAAAGAUCAGGAACUAGCAGUGAAACGCCAAUAUUCCUCGAAGGACCACGUACGCUCCGCCAACUCGCCGAACUUGCUACGAACCUAG